AUGGAAAGGAAACAUUUAAUCAUCGAAGGAAUUCAUACUUAUUUGUAUGAAUUAUUCGGAUUGUCUGUUGAGUAUGAAAUUGAAUCAGAUCUAGAGAAGCUGCCACCAAGUCUGAAAUACAUCAACCGAAGUGCAAUCCAACUACCAAAAAAUACAACUGGAGAAGAGUUGGAAUUGUGUUUCGCCGCUUCACCAAAUCAGGAGUACGUCAGCAUAACUGAUUCUGAUGAUUUCGAGUUAGAAUCCAACUCAAUCCUAUAUGGAGUUCAACACUUACAUAUGGAUAUGAACGGGCAUUGCGCGCAUCACAUCUUGUUCAACUUUCGAGGAAAAUCGCUUCUCCUCAGCUCAGUUAUCCUUUUAAACUCCAGCUUGGUUAGAUUUCUAAACGAAUGGAAAUCUAACAAAGGAUUUGUCAACUUGAGAUUCUUCUCAAUCUCUCUCAAUGGAAAUCUAGAUGAUGUCUGGAUAAAAAACCGUGUUGAUAUCAAACAAUCAGAAGUCGCCCUCGAGCUGAAAUGGAAAAUGAGGUGA